UCAACAGAAGAAGUCUGCCUCGCUGUAGGAAGAAAAAUAAGAGCAUUCAAUAAUACGUAAACGAUGUCCCGUCCCGAAUUGACCGGCCACGCCUCAAACUUCUACAAUGAGAAAGAAGCGAGAAAGUACAACUCGAGCUCGCGUAUGAUCAACGUUCAGCGAGAGAUCACACUUCGUGCCAUUGAAUUGUUGCUACUGCCGCCAGAUGAAACAUCUCUUGUUCUAGAUAUUGGAUGUGGAAGUGGCCUGAGUGGUGAGGUGUUGGAAGAGCAGGGGCACGUAUGGGUUGGCUGUGACGUUUCGAGAGAUAUGUUGCAAGUAGCGCACGAAAGAAUGGAAGAUUCUUAUAAAGUGAAAGACGACGGUGACAGCGGGAUGAGCGAUAACAGCGACGACGAAGACGAUGACGGACUUCCAUCCACAGGGGAUCUCAUGCACCACGACAUGGGUACCGGACUUCCCUUCCGGCCGGCAACCUUCGAUGCGUGUGUGUCCAUUUCAGCCCUCCAGUGGUUGUGCUAUAGCAACAGUGCAUCUCAGAUUCCUAAGAGGCGCCUGGUAAGAUUCUUUUCAAGCCUGUACUCUAUUCUUAAAAAAUCGGCACGUGCCGUGCUUCAAUUCUAUCCCGAAACCGCCGAACAGGCUGUGCUGAUCAGUGAAUGCGCCACUGCCGUCGGCUUCGGUGGCGGAAUCGUCGUCGACUAUCCCAAUUCCGCCAAGGCUAAGAAGCACUACCUAGUAUUGAGCUGCGAUCGUACUUGUCGAAAACAGCUUCCAACUGGCAUGACUGGUGACGAACGGGUUGAAAACAGCAAUAGGCAUGUUCAGGUUUCGUCUUCGAGUUCUGGAAGAACGCAGAGAGAACGCGGGAAAGAAAAACCCAUCAGAAAAAAGAAGGGUGUCAAGACAAAGGAAUGGAUUUUGCACAAGAAAGAAACUCAAAGGAAAAAGGGAAAGAACGUGCGUCCCGAUACCAAAUACACCGCUCGACGUCGACGCGGCAAGUUUUAAUUGCGAUAAAGCUGCUGAUGUAUU